AUGGCAUAUGCCCACUUCCAUCGUCCACAUUAUCGUUCGAACCCAUUACCCGUGUUCCACGACUUAGAUGGAUCACCUAUAUAUGAGUACUCCGACCAGGGUCUGCUUUGCACAAUAAUUAGACGAAAUGAACUGACGGCUUUGAACUCGUACAACGAGUGCGCCCACACCAGAGUCUUCUGUAAAGCAUACGAGUUUGAUGACAGCAACCCGUUCCACAUUGCUAUUCAGAGUGACAGCUUUGAUGUCCUGCGUGAGCUUUUUCGGAUCUAUCUUUCCGAUUCAGAGCUCAUAGAGACCCUAGAGGACUACCUCAAACGCUUCCACUCUCCCGUUAUAGAGGCUUGUGCGACUGCUAACCGAGAAAUGGUAUUGUGGUUAAUGGACCAUGAUCCGCCGCUGGGGAAAUUGCACGACCACGACUUCGAGGGUCAAACAGCUCUAUUACGAGCGGCUGAGGCGCUCAAAGAAGCUGGCAAUUCGGCGUUAGAGGCCAAGCCUGCAGACAGUCAAACGGCGCAUCAGCAUUGCAAGCGCAUUGAGUCAUUUAUCAGCUGGCUUUUGGACAAUGACUGUUCUCUGGAGACCAAUCUCUAUGAUGAGUGGUACGAAGCAGACGAGCAGGAUGAAUCAGACUGUGUUCCGAUGCCGAGAGGAACUGUGCUUGGCGACGCGGUCUCCUACGCAGGUUAUGAAUUGGUAUCGCGACUAAUUGCCAAGGGCGCGGACGUGCACGGCCGCCAGAACUGGACAGGCGGGCCUUUAUUCGAGAUAACACACGCACAUAAUGUAACCGCAUUGCAUAUUGCCGCCCUGUCCUGGAACGUUGAAGCUAUCCGGGCUCUCAUCGAUCAUCGUGGCGAGGUCGAGGCAGCGGAUAUGGUAGUUGGGCUCGAUAGCUACGGCCGGCACCCUCUCCACUGGGCCUUGACCGGUAUUUCAAGCAAUUAUGCCGACUCAGCCAACUCAGAUGACAUAUCGUCACGGAUGAACGGCACUCUUAAAUUGCUCCUAGAUAUCAAACCAGAUUCUGUUUACACGCGUGAGCGGCAUGGCGCCACUGUCUUCCAUUACGCUCUCCACAACAACACGGGUCAUGGGGCGAAUAUUGGGGCAAUCAAACUCCUUCUACACACUAAUCAGCUUCCCGACACACUAAACUUCCGGAACAAUGUUGGUGCCAUCGCUCUUGGCGAGGCAUUGGAGCAACAUCAAUUUGUUCCCGGUGAUCUAGAAAUUGUAUCAGAGAUACUAAAGAUCCUGCUCAAAAAUGGAGCCGAUCUACGAGCAUGUGAUAAUCUUGGACGAAAUGUUUUGCAAAAACUAUGCAGCAUUAGUUGGCUGGAAUCUAUCCUUACCUCAUCCGGGGUUGACCGGAUGCUGGAUCAUCUUCAUAUCAACGAAAAAGAUGACUUAGGUUGCACGGCGCUUCACUACCUAGUGAGGCAUCUGGAUCAAGUUGACGCUAUUCGCCACUUCGUGCUUCGUGGUGCAGAUGUUAAUGCUGUCGACCUAAAGGGGAAUACCCCUCUCCAUGAAGCGAUGAAGGGCACAAUAAUCAAGAGAAUGGAAGAACCUGGAAAUCGCGAGGAGAUAAACGAACGUCUCAGGCAAGCACUGCAUUACAAGCGGGAUUUAUCAUUCAAAUCCUGUCAGAUUCUGGCGCCUCCGAAGAAGUGGUCAACGCAGCGGGGGAGACGCCGAAACAAGUACUGGAUGGUGUUGAGGAAGAGCGUGCACGUCGAUUGGCAGCUACGAAUGCAGGCCGUGGAAGAGGUCCGGUAA